AUGGAGUCGCUUGCAGCAUUUCAUGAUGAAGAUUGUGAUUCAUUUAACAGAAUGUUCUCCAAUGAAGAUCAGUUUGAUUUCAUGCAGCAGAUUCUCCAUCAGUUUUCCUUUCCCCCGGAGCAUGACGAGCGGUUGAGCUUCAUUAAUCCAUCGACCUUUUGUCCUAAUCCUGAAGCCAAUAUGAGCAUUGGCGGAGUCAGUGAGAGUUUGUUCUGUGCUUCCAAUGCUCUUGAUUCUAAUUUUCACUACAAAAUUCACGACAGUAGUCAGUGUAGCAAUUCAAGCAAUAGUGCUUUUGCUCCCCAGCCAAAUCAUGAAACCUAUUUCCUUGGUGGUUCUAAUCAUAUUACUGUAACAAAUGAUAUCACCAUGUCCUUGGAUAUUUCAAUGGAUAUUGACGGGGUACACGACAAAAUUACUGACUCGUUUGCCCUGGCAUUCCCGAACAUUGCAAUGGAAGACGCUGCUAAUGUCAUUAAAGACUUGAGUGCUGACUGCUUUCCAGAGUUAGAUGGUAGGCAUCCUGCUGAUAAUGCUAACGAAUUGCUGCUCAAGAGGAAGCUUGAUGUGCUGGAGCUGCAUGAUGAUGUGGAUAAAAUCAAUACCAAUUCAUCUCAGACUACAGAGAAAAGAACCCGGCUUCCAAAAGAUGCAGAAAAAGAUAGGAGGAAUGUGCAGUCGAAUAAGAACCGGAAGAACAAUUUAAACGGCAAUGAAGAGAGCAACAUCGGUUCGGACGGACAGAGUUCUAUCACCUCUAGUUCCGAUGAUGACGACAUCUCUCAGGAUAAUACUAAUGGGGGCGUAUUGGCAACCUCAGAUUCCAAAGCAGCUCAAGCCCUUAACUUGAAUGGAAAGAAAAGAGCCAGCAGAGGGUCUGCAAUUGAUCCCCAAAGCCUCUAUGCAAGGAAACGAAGAGAGAGGAUUAAUGAGAGAUUGAGAAUUUUACAGAACCUCGUCCCAAACGGAACAAAGGUUGAUAUCAGCACUAUGCUUGAAGAGGCUGUUCAUUAUGUGAAGUUCAUGCAGCUACAAAUUAAGCUUUUAAGCUCUGAUGAACUCUGGAUGUAUGCUCCCAUUGCUUACAAUGGCGUCGAUAUCGGUCUCGACAAGAAAAUCUGCACUCUUUUAUGACCCUCGAAGUAGCCACCCUACAGAGUUGUUUUAAGUUAAUAUUU